AUGGAGAACCCGCAAAAUACCGAUCGGCACGAGCUCGAGCUUUUCGACCGCAGGCACAAGAAGCUAAGCGGCACAUCGCUCGUACUCUGUGACCAGGAUUACCGAUUUGUGUACAAAAUAAUACCGGAGUACACAACCUCCGAGGCGACCUUCUACUGCCUAAUCAACGGCUACCCGGCGCAGGAUAAUCCCGUACUUUACGAGUGUCUACAUGGAGCGAUUAAGCGCCCGGACAAACUCGCGCAGAUGGGCGUGCUGCCCGCGUUUAAAGGAGUAGUGAAGGUUGUGGAGGAGGAACACGACACAUCCGAAACUAAGGAUGACGACGAACAUUGCAGUCUUGUGAGAUACUUCGAAGGUGAAGGCAUCCUGGGGGUACCCAAAACAGUGUUCACGGCAAUCAAGCUGGAGAACCUUUUGCACGGCUACGAAAGACCGGCCGUCAUAGACAUAAAACUUGGUAUACACAACACACUAGACAACGAGCAAUAUGGAGGCCUAGAUGCAGCGACUCGUGCUGCAUGUGUAAAGCGCUGGCAGGACCUCAAAACGACACACAAGCUGGAGCACAUGUGCACGAGCAGCACCAAACGGCUAUACAACAUCAGCGCCGAAGAUCUGGGGAUGGGACCGCCGUUUAGCGACAUGGAACCGACCGAGCUUCACUCUCUGCUAAAAUCCUGGCGCCAGAAAAUUGUGGCGUCGCAGACUCCUGAAGUCGAGCUCGGUUUCAGAGUCUGCUCCAUAUACAUCGCAAAAGACGAUGGCGUACUGGAAGUCUCGGCUUCGCAGGCAAAAUUGCUGAAACAAGAAGAUACCGUCAACAUACUACACACGGCGCUAAGCUCCAUACCGGAGGUGCGGCAGCGAAUGGUUGAUGCGCUGGUCGGCCUCCGCGAUUGGGUGGCGAUGCAGGACCUGCUGUCCUUCGCCGCCACUUCACUGCUGAUAACGUACGACCAAAAAGAGCCCACACGAUGUCGCGUGAAGUGGGUUGACUUCACCCAUGUCGAGAGCAUAAGGCACUCUCAGUUCUCUGUGGUAACGGUCAAACAGGCGUUGGAGGCGCAUCUGGUCGUUCUGCUUGAGAAUGGACGUCACAGUGACGCUGCCGAAAACGAAGCGUCUAGCGCUACCGAUCGACGGGGUCCUCGGCACCACGGAGUCUGUGUUGUCGGAGAUUCCGCCGAGGUUUUCGAACAGGUCCAUAGUGACGAAUUCCACCAGCGUGCGCAAAGCUUCAGGGUGGCCGUAGACGGCAAAGAGCACGCAGAGGCCGUCGGCUUCCAGCUCUCGCUGGUAGGCUGCCGCUGCUGCAUUGAGCAGAGCUGCGCCUUCCUGGCGUGCGAGUUGCAGUUCGCGAACCACUAUGGCCUCGAGCCCCUCUUCCGACCACUGCAAGGCGCGGCUCAACAGUGGACCCUGACGACUGUUGUCGCCCACGUACUUUUCGUGGUGACGAUCGUCAACACCGGACAGGCCUAA